AUGGCCAUCGUUGGUUUCUUGGCCAUCCCGAAGACUGCAAAAAAAUAUGCUGAGGACCUACACUUCCGCAAAUUCAAGAAGCAACUUCUACAUAGUUCACUGUCGAAGAUUCUGUCGUCCCUCAAGCCUGCAAUCCUAGGGCCAUAUAUUGCUGAUUACCCUGAACAAUCUGCCCUUGCUUGCGUUGUAUAUAAUUGGUGUGCAAAGUGCUUUGCAUUCUCCAACAACUUGGAUGGACUCAACAAGUUUGACUAUGGAAUGCUUUGGGAGGAAUGGGGAAUUAUAAGUGACUUAGUGCCGUUCACAAAUGAUUUCCCUUGUGCCGACAUUCAUGAACUCUUGUUGCCGGACAUUUUGCAUCAGAUCAUCAAAGGCACCUUCAAAGACCAUCUGGUUGCAUGGGUCGAGCUGUAUCUACUGAAGGAACAUGGAAAGACAUGCGCGAAGGGGAUCCUCGACGACAUUGACUGCCAGAUAGCUGCAGCACCCUCUUUUGCAGGACUUCGCCGAUUUCCUGAAGGGCACGGGUUUUCACAAUGGACCAGCGAUGAUUUGAAGGCUCUCAUGAAAGUUUACCUUCCAGCAAUCAAGGGACAUGUCCCUCAAGACAUUGUUCGAUGUUUUCACGCCUUUCUUGGGUUUUGCUACAUUGUGCGGCAAGAUAUCAUUACUGAAGACACUCUCGAGAAGCUUUCAGACGCACUCCAGUGCUUUCACCAAUACUGGAAAAUUUUUCAAGACACAGGUAGCGCCGAACAAUUUGUGCUCGUCAAUAACAGAAUCAAAACACAUCAAGGCCGUCAAGGAACCUUGCGCCUUGACAAAAUCGCUGCAUCACGAAUGGACUUCACGGCACGUAAAAUGCUCAAUUCCUCCAUUGUCGAGAAUCUACUUAGUGCUAGUUCGAACACACAGGACGUCACCAGCAUUGCUCACAAUGGUGACAACACUGCUCAAAACACCAACGCCAAUGCUAACGCCAACACCAACAACACCGACGACGAAAAUGACAACGAAAAUGAUGAUGACAGCGCUGUUCAAAACAACAACGAGGGGGUGGAGAGAAAUCCUAUGGUGGAGCAGGACGAAAUUGGAGAUGGUGUGUUGGAGGGGCCGAGAGCACAGAGUGACGUCAAAAUGGCGCGUACUCCCCAUAAGUUUUCCUUCAUGUUCUCGCAUUCAAUCGAAAUGGACAUCCCCGAUCUUCCCCGACUCCUCCGACUCUUCCUUUAUGAUCAGCUUGUUGCUGACGGCUCUCUCACCUCGGAUGACGUUCCUCUCAGUGCCUGCCCACGAUUCGAAGGCCCUAUCAAAGUCUUCAACUCAGCAGCUGCUACGUUUUUUGCUCCCAGCGACCCGAGCGGUAUUGGUGGGAUGCACCGUGCGCACAUUCGUGCUGCACUGUCAUGGCGGAGAGGUCCUCCUCACCUCGAUACCGUUUUCAUCAACACCGCCAGUGAAGACUCAAUCAAUGGAAUGGAGGUUGAACGCGUCCUAUGUUUUUUCUCAUUCUGUCACAGCGGGGAGAUCUUUCCCUGCACGCUGAUACAUUGGUUCAAGCUUCUCGGGGACAAACCAGAUCUGAACGUUGGCAUGUGGACAGUACGACCAUCCUUUCAUGAGGAUGGCUCACGAGAACUUUCCAUUAUACAUCUCGACACGAUCAUUCGCACGUCACACUUGCUACCGAUUUUUGGUGAUGAUUUUAUUGAAGAUGAUGUUACAUUUCACAACUCUCUGGAUUUGUUCAAAGGUUACUAUGUAAACAAAUUUGUAGAUCAUAACUCGUUCGAAAUAGCAUCUUGA